AUGGCUUCAAGAGCGCUUCUGAGAAGGAGGAAGUACCUCGUCCAAUCUCUAAGUGAACAUGUUCAUACAAUACAUUGUCUUCCAAGCGUUGAGCGGCAAUGGAAGGGGACGAAUUCUUCUGAUUCAGGAUAUGUAUCUGGGAAGAAACCUGAUUUCCAAGAUGGGAAUUUGCUUUCUUUUCUCAAGAAUCAAGAUUCGACCCCCUCGAGUAGAUUACUUCAGUCUCCGAAUUUUAGAAAUGGAGUUGGAAGAUUAGAGUUCCCUUAUCCCUUGGGGUAUAGAGUGGUUCGACAAUCUAUGUGCUCUACUUUGGCAACGGCUAGCAAACCUGAUAAUGGAGACGACGACGAUAAAAAGGUUACUUCACAAACCAAAGAAGCUUCUCCUGAGGAGUGUGAUGAAGCAGUUGAGGGGUUAAGUUUGGCUAAAGCCAAAGCUAAAGCGAUGAAACUGGAAGAGUCACAAAAAUCUGAUAUUUCCAUUAUGGAACGUGUACGGUCGUUUCUUCUGGGAAUAGGUCCUGCUUUGAGAGCUAUUGCAUCGAUGAGCAGGGAAGAUUGGGCUAAGAAGCUUCGUCACUGGAAAGAUGAAUUUAAAUCUACACUGCAACACUAUUGGCUGGGGACUAAGUUGCUUUGGGCUGAUGUAAGGAUUAGUGUGAGGCUGCUUGUUAAACUUGCUAAUGGAAAGGGUCUCUCUAGGAGGGAGCGGCAACAACUCACUCGAACAACUGCCGACAUUUUUAGAUUAGUCCCGGUCGCAGUUUUCAUUAUUGUCCCAUUCAUGGAGUUUUUGCUACCGGUGUUUCUUAAGCUGUUUCCAAACAUGCUGCCGUCAACUUUCCAGGAUAAGAUGAAAGAAGAGGAGGCACUAAAAAGGAGGUUGAACGCAAGAAUGGAGUAUGCAAAGUUUCUCCAAGAUACUGUUAAAGAAAUGGCAAAGGAAGUCCAGACGUCACGCAGUGGAGAGAUAAAAAAGACAGCAGAAGAUCUAGACGGAUUUAUGAACAAGGUAAGAAGAGGAGUCGGGGUUUCAAAUGACGAAAUUUUGGGCUUUGCAAAACUAUUCAAUGAUGAGCUUACAUUGGAUAACAUUAACAGGUCUCGAUUGGUAAAUAUGUGCAAAUACAUGGGUAUUAGCCCAUUCGGAACUGAUGCAUAUUUACGUUAUAUGCUACGGAAAAGAUUACAGGAGAUUAAAAAAGAUGAUAAGUUGAUCAAGGCCGAAGGUGUGGAGUCUCUCUCAGAAGCUGAACUUCGCCAAGCUUGUAGAUACAGAGGAAUGCUUCAACUAGGUUCAGUUGAAGAAAUGAGACAGCAGUUAGUUGACUGGCUUGAUUUAUCCCUCAACCACUCAGUACCAUCAUCACUCUUAAUCCUCUCUAGAUCUUUCUCAAUGGCUGGGAAACUCAAGCCAGAAGAGGCUGUUCAAGCUACACUCUCCUCUCUUCCUGAUGAAGUUGUUGACACAGUCGGGGUCACAGCUCUGGCAUCAGAAGAUUCUGUAUCAGAAAGGAAGAGGAAACUUGAAUACCUAGAAAUGCAAGAAGAAUUAAUCAAGGAGGAGGAAGAAGAAGAAGAGGAGGAAAUGGCGAAGUUGAAAGAGUCCGCUGCUUCGAGCCAAAAAGAUGUUGCUUUGGAUGAGAUGCUAGCUUCUACAGCUAAAGAUACUAACGAACAAGCGAAUGCGAAAACUCUCGAGAAACAUGAGCAGCUCUGUGAGCUAAGCCGUGCAUUAGCAGUUUUAGCUUCCGCAUCUUCUGUGAGCAUGGAGCGUGAAGAGUUCCUGAAACUAGUCAAAAAGGAGGUUGAUUUAUACAACAGCAUGGUAGAGAAAGGUGGUACAGACGAUGAAGAAGAAGCUAGGAAAGCUUAUUUAGCUGCUAGAGAAGAUAGUGACCGAAGUGCUCAGAAAGCAAUCGCUGAUAAAACUUCUUCUGCGCUAUUAGAUAGGGUUGAGACAAUGCUCCAGAAACUCGAAAAGGAAAUUGAUGAUGUCGAUAACAAGAUUGGUAACCGUUGGCGUCUUCUUGAUAGAGAUUAUGAUGGGAAGGUGAGUCCAGAUGAAGUUGCAUCGGCUGCGAUGUAUCUUAAGGAUACAUUAGGGAAAGAGGGUAUUCAAGAGCUUAUUCAGAACCUUUCUAAAGAUAAAGAUGGGAAAAUUCUUGUUGAAGAUUUGGUGAAGUUAGCGAGUGAGAUUGAAGAUGCUGAAGCUGAUGAGGUUAAUGAGCCAACCAAGCCUUGA